GUCACUCCACUUCUUAGUGACAUGACACAGCCCACCCCAUCCCUUCAUACCCCAUUACGUACAUCCUUCACCUCUGCUGUGCAAUACAAUAUGAGCUGGAGCUUCUUACCUAAGGAGACUGCCUUAAACAUAGAAAAGGCUGUGAGAGAAGGGAAGUUGCUGGAGGUGGUCUCUGUGGUCAGGGGAACUCUGGAGAGAGCAUCCAGAUCCCCAGUGAACAUUGCUGUAACUGGAGACUCCGGCAAUGGUAUGUCUUCCUUCAUCAAUGCACUACGGGGAAUUGGGCAUGAGGAUGAAGCAUCAGCCCCCACUGGGGUGGUGAGGACCACCCAGAUUCCCAUUUGCUACUCUUCUUCCCUCUUUCCCAAUGUGGUGCUGUGGGAUCUGCCUGGCACAGGGGCUGCCACCCAAAGCCUGGAGAACUAUAUGGAGGAGAUGCAGUUUAGCCAGUAUGACUUCUUCAUCAUUAUUGCAUCUGAACAGUUCAGCAUGAAUCUCGUGAAACUUGCUAAAACCAUUCAGGGCAUGGGAAAGAGGUUCUACAUCAUCUGGACCAAGCUGGACAGGGACCUCAGCACAACUACCCUCUCAGAGGAAGGACUCCUGCAGAAUAUCCGAGAGAAUAUCCAGGAAACUCUCCAGAAGGAGAGAGUGCAUGAACCCAUCACAUUCCUGGUCUCCAGCUUUGACCCCUUAUCGCAUGAUUUCCCAGAGCUUAGGAACAUCUUGCACAAAGACGUCUCUGACAUCAGGUACCAUGGUCCUCUAGAGAAUCUGUCCCACACUUAUAAGAAGGUCAUUAAUGACAAAGUGACCAUUUUGCAGGAGAAAAUAGCCUCCAAGUCUUUCCAGGACUCCCUUGGCAUCUGGAAUGCAGAUGAUCUGGAGGAGUGUCUGAAUGCCUACCACUUGUUCUUUGGUGUGGAUGAUGUAUCUCUCCAGCAGAUGGCUCAGUGCAUGGGGAACCCCACGGAGGAAUACAGGGCCAUUAUGAAAUCUAGGAAUCUGCAGACUGUCCUCAGAGGGGACUGGGAAUUAUCUUGCAUGAACUGUAAUACAGCCUCUUACUUAUAUUCAAUUUUGAGAUACAUCCCACUGUUAGGUAAUGCUAUUAUCAACUGCCUGAGAAAGUGGAUACACAGACUUCUCCUUGAGAUAGUUGCUGAGGAUACCAGGGCCAUACUGAAGAAAAUCCUGACAGACUCCAUCAUCUGA